AUAUAUAGAGUCUAUCCAAACCAAACCCUCUUCAUUUCCAUCCUCAUCCUCAUCCUCAUCCUCAACCAAACCAACAAAUUUGAAGUUCAAACUAUUAUGGCGAUAAUAAGAUCACAAACAGUGACAUGGGCAACAAUAACGCUAACCCUUUUGAUCUCUCUUCAGCUGUGUGUGUGUUAUAGAGGAAAGGUGGGAGCAAAGACAGAAAUAAGCGACGUGAAGACAAACGAGGAGGUGCAAGAACUAGGGAGGUUCUCAGUGGAAGAGUACAACAGGAGCUUAAGAAGGCAAAGACGACAGAGGCAGUACAAGAUGAUGAGUAUUGGCGAUAGUAUUGGAGGAGAGCUAAGGUUCAUGGAGGUGGUAGAGGCACAGACGCAAGUAGUGUCCGGGUUGAAGUACUACCUCACAAUCUCAGCCACGCAAAAUGGGGUUUCGAAGAUGUUUGAGUCUGAGGUUGUGGUUAAGCCCUGGGUUCGAUCUAAGGAUCCGGAGUUGCUUAACUUUGGGCCUUCCAACUAUACUACUCAAUAUUUAAGCAGUUGUUGCAAUUAAUUAAUUAGCAUUAUUUAGUGUUCUAAUAUUAAGGUUUAUAGCUAGGUGCCUGCCUGAUGCAUGCGUGGAGGUUUUUUUAUUAUGGUAAGGUCCAGGAGGUGCUGUUGUUUUAAUUAUCUAAGUUUUUUUUUUUUUUUUUUUUUUUUUUUAAUAUUAACCUUUUCCUUACAUGUGUUGGGAAUAUAUCGUAGACGUGUGUAAUAUAGCAUUGCACUUGUAAUGUAAUCAAUAAAUUAGUGACAUAAUAAAU